CGCCUCCAGGCAGCCCCCCGCCCGGGGAAGGCAUUUGGCCAGGCGCGCGGCAGGAGGGAGUGGGGGGCCCCCCAAUGCCUUCCUGGCAUGCCCUCUCUCUGCCCUUGGCCUGUCCCUGACAUCCGAUCCGGGAGCAGCUACAAUGUAAGACUGCACAAGGGAGGGGCAAGGCGGUGGAGAAUCAGUCCUGGGCAGGUCAUCUGAGCACAAUCCCCUUUCAAUGCUUCAGGCGAUGGGAGUGGUGCAUGUGAGCAGGGGAAGGAUGUCGGAGGAUUUGGCCAUAAUGCAGCAUGAGUAUUGCACUGUGCUCGAUGAGUUAGUGUAGCCUUUUUGUGAUGGAGAAGGAGGCAAGCCAGUUGGAGAAGGACCAUGUCCAUAGUGUGUAUGAGAAAAUUGCUCCUCACUUCCAUGAUGCACGCUACAAGGCUUGGCCAAAGGUACAACAGUUCCUUUCAGAUCAGGAACCGGGGAGCCUGAUUGCUGAUAUUGGCUGUGGAAAUGGCAAAUACCUUCAUAUCAAUUCUCAAACCUAUAAGCUGGGCUGUGAUUACUGCUUCCCUUUGGUGGAGUCAGCACGAAAUGAUGGCCAUGAAGUAAUGGUGUGUCAUAGUCUGUGCCUGCCAUAUCGGAAUGAGUGUUUUGAUGCUGUCUUAUCCAUUGCUGUGAUCCACCAUUUUUCAACAAAGGAGCGGCGCGUGCGAGCGAUAAAGGAGAUGGCUCGCACCUUGAGAGUAGGUGGCCAGAUGAUGAUAUACGUGUGGGCAAUGGAGCAAAAACGGCGAAAAUUUGAAAAGCAAGAUGUCUUUGUUCCUUGGAAUCCUUCACCACCUUCCUGGACCUUGAGUAACACUUGUUCGCAUGGAAUACAGAAAUCAAUUAAUCAAAGGGACAAAAGGCUGGCUUUGGACCAACACUCCGCUAAGUUAGCUGGCACUUUAAAAGCACACGGGCAAACAAGAAGCUCAUCCUUUGUGGGGAAGAAGGAAACCACACACAAUUUAUUUGAAAAAUCUCUGAGAUGGUCUCUCUUUUCAAGAUCGCUUGAUUCAGUAUUAGACUUGAGUAAUCAGUGGCGCCAAAGAGAGCUUAGCACAUUUUCUAUUUGCAAUAUUCAGCUGGAUGAAUUAAACAGGGGAAAGCUUUUUGAACAAAUCAGGCAAGGUGGCUUCAUGAAGCAUAUUUCCAGCUUGUCUUUGCGUUGCAGGCAGAAUUCUGAAGAUAAUGCUUCUGAAAUAGCUGUAGAACCAGGGUCACCUAUGAUAUGUCACCCAGUGCCUUUCAAAAAUUAUUAUUCAGAAUUAGGCCAGGACACUAAGCAGCCCCCGAUGUCUCCAGCUAUAAUUCAUGACUGCAGCAGAGUGUGUUUACCUGACCUGGUUUCCCAUCAAAAAGAUGUCAAACAGCAACUUAAAAUAGAUUAUCACCCAAAACAAUCAGCUUUCUGCCAACUCCAAAACAGAAGCAAAACAGACAGCUCUCUACAGGAUACAGAUAAUGAUUGUUCCAUGGCCAUGUGGAACAAACAGCUGCAAAGGAGUCCUAAUGGGGCUUGUCUUAGGUACUACCAUGUUUUUAAAGAAGGGGAGUUGGUUGAACUGAUAGAACGUCAUGUUCCUGAGCUACAUGUUAUUCAUUCAUACUUUGACCAUGCAAAUUGGUGUGUGAUUGCAGAAAAGAUUCACAUGUGGAAGAUCUAGGGGAAGAUUUUCAAAGGCACAAGUGCCUGGCUGCAUUUGAAAGUCAAUGGGAGUUCGGUGCUUGGUGCCUUUUGAAAUUGUCCCGCAGGCUUUUUAUCCCCAUCUUGUGCUUUGACUCUGUGUGACUUUGUUUCUUUUGUUCUGUACUUGACUGUCACAGUCAUAUACCCUUUUAAAAUCAUUUUAUAGAAACAUUUCCUUCUAUAAUUGUAAUUUCCGGUUGGAUACAUUUUAAGAGCUUUUUCCAUGGCUUUUUAACAGUAGCUGUCAGUUUUGGUUUUUGUUGUUUUAGAUUAGUUAAAAUGCCUUUAUAAA